AUGCAUGCCUGGAGUGUGGGAAGAAGUUCACUCAGAGGGGAAAUCUAUGUCAACAUCAAAGAAUUCACACUGGGGAGAAACCCUAUACAUGCCUUGAGUGUGGGCAGAGCUUCAUGUAUAGUUCAGGUUUACGUUCACAUCAAAGGUUUCACACUGGUGAGAACCCCUAUAGAUGCCUUGAGUGUGGACGGAGCUUCACUCAUAGUUCGGGUCUACGUUCACAUCAGAGAACUCACACUAGGGAGAAACUCUAUACAUGCCCCGAAUGUGGACAGAGCUUCACUCAGAUUUCAGGUCUACGUUCACAUCAAAGAACUCACACUGGGGAAAAACCCUAUAUAUGCUUGGAGUGUGGGAAGAGGUUCACUCAUAGUUCAAAUCUACGUGAACAUCGAAGAAUUCACACUGGGGAGAAACCCUAUAAAUGCCUUGAGUGUGAACAGAGGUUCACUUAUAGUUCAGGUCUACAUAGACAUCAAAGGAUUCACACUGGAGAGAAACCCUAUACAUGCCUGGAGUGUGGGAAGAAGUUCACUCAUAGUUCAAAUCUACGUGAACAUCAAAGAAUUCACACUGGGGAGAAACCCUAUACAUGCCUCGAGUGUGGACAGAGCUUCACUCAUAGUUCAGGUCUACAUUCACAUCAAAGGAUUCACACUGGAGAGAACCUGUAUAGAUGCCUGGAAUGUGGACAGAGCUUCAUUUAUAGUUCAGGUUUACGUUCACAUCAAAGAAUUCACACUGGGGAGAAACUCUAUACAUGCCUCGAGUGUGGAAGGAGCUUCACUCAGAUUUCAGGUCUACGUUCACAUCAAAGGACUCACACUGGGGAGAAACCCUAUACAUGCCUGGAGUGUGGGAAGAGGUUCAGUCAUAGUUCAAAUCUACGGGAACAUCAAAGAAUUCACACUGGGGAGAAACCCUAUACAUGCCUUGAGUGUGAACAGAGCUUCACUCAGAUUUCAAAUCUACGUUCACAUCAAAAGACUCACACUGGGGAGAAACCGUAUACAUGCCUGGAUUGUGGACAGAGCUUCACUCGUAGUCAACAUCUACGUUCACAUCAAUGGUCUCACACUGGGGAGAAACCCUAUACAUGUCUGGAGUGUGGACAAACCUUCGCUCAUAGUUCAGGCCUGCAUUCACAUCAAAGGACUCACACUGGGGAAAAACCCCAUAAAUGCCUGGAUUGUGGACAGAGCUUCUCUCGUAGUGCAAAUCUACGUGAACAUCAAAGGACUCACACUGGGGAGAAACCCUAUAAAUGCCUAGAAUGUGGACAGAGCUUCACUUAUAGUUCAAGUCUACGUUCACAUCAAAGGACUCACGCUGGGAAGAAACCCUAUAAAUGCCUGUAGUGUUGACAAGUUUCACUCGUACAAGUCUUCACAUCAAAGGGCUCACACUGGGGGGAAACCCUAUAAAUGUUUGGAAUAUGCACAGAGUUUAACUCAGAGGGCAGUGCUACGUAAACAUCAAAGGACUUACUGGGGAGAAACCCUAUAUAUACCUGGAGGGUGCUAAGACCUUUACUCGUAUUUCAAAUCUACAUAAAUAUCAAAAGACUCAUACAGGGUAGAAACCCUAUACAUGCCUUGAAUGUGAACAGAGCAUUACUCAUAGUCCAACUCUACAUAAAUAUCAAAGAACUCACCCUGGGGAGAAACCCUAUAAAGACGUAACAUAAAAUCAUAGAAUAAUGGAGUUGGAAGAGAUCACAUGGGCCAUCUAAUCCAACCCUGCUGUGAUUUUAUAUGCUUUUAUGGAUUUAACCAAAAUUGUUUUAAUAUUAGUGAUGUUUAAUACUGUUGUAAUAUUUAUUUAUUUUUAUGUUUUAAGUUGUAUUGCAAUGCUUUUAAUUUCUGGGCUGCUUUGAGUCUCAGUAUGUAGAGAAAAAUCAUGAUAUAAACAAACGACAAUAAUAACCCCCUGCCAUGCAGGAAAAAUACAAUUAAGGUAUCCCUGAGAGAUGGCAUGUAGAAAGAGCUUCUCUGAGGGUUUAAAUCUGCAUAGACAUAGAAUUCACAUUGAAGGGAACCAUGGUAAUUGAUCCCAGAGAGUCUCUCUAAGACAGAGCUUUCCAAACCUUUCAUGUUUUUGGCACUUUUUAUUACCUACAUGGUAAUUCAGUUUAACUAGCAAAACAGAGGUUAAACCAACCCCAUGUAAGAUUUUUGUCAGAAAUAUUAAGUAUUAAUUAGGUAUUUAUGAUUACAAAAGUGUAGGCCGAUUCUGUUCCAUAGCUGGGCCUGAAACCAGAUUGGAACCAGACUGGAAUCCAAGACACCCAAUUGUGCCCAUGCCUGCGCAAUAUGCAAACUGGAUCGGAUUGGUGUUGCUUCUGGUGCUGCUGGAAAGGCAGGGUUGCCAAGACCUCCAAAGGCAAGGCUGUUGGGCGAGUGGGUUUAAGGGGGACGUGGUUAGAAAGGAAAUUUUCAAGGAUACUUCUAAUGACUAUAAGUCCCAUAUGUCGUGAUUUACUGUUAUUUGACCUAAUUUGCAGAAGGCCCUUGUGAGGCCCAUGUUUGAGAGAAAACACUGAUGUUUGAAUGAUGUUGCUGCAGAGAGGAAGUCACCUUCCAAGGAUAAAAUACGGGGUGUUUGAAAAAGAACUCCCUAGUUUUAAUGCAGUUUACAUUAAAACUCGGGAGUUCUUUUUCAAACACCCUUUGUAUGAGGACAGAACUGGUUAGCUAGAACUCCUUAAGUUUCCCAGCCGUUUCGGAGUUAAGCUUGCAACAGAAGUAGAUAAGCUUGGGGUCAUUAACAUGAAAGCACCAUUGUCU